AUGUCGGCCGCACAGCUUCUCAACCCCAAGGCGGAGAGCAGGAGGAGAGGGGAAGCGUUAAAGGUGAACAUCUCAGCUGGAGAAGGCCUCAGAGAUGUUCUGGCCUCAAAUCUGGGUCCGACGGGGACGCUGAAGAUGCUGGUUGACGGUGCUGGAUCAAUAAAGCUCACCAAGGACGGUAGUGUGCUCCUCAAAGAGAUGCAAAUCCAGAAUCCUACGGCUGUCAUGAUUGCACGGGCGGCAACCGCGCAGGACGAGAUCACCGGUGACGGGACGACGAGUGUGGUGUUGAUGGUGGGAGAGUUGCUGAAGCAAGCAGACCGGUAUAUCUCAGAAGGACUGCAUCCACGAGUGAUCACCGACGGCUACGAGUCCGCAAAGAACGAAGCACUACGCUUCCUGGACGACUUCAAGAUCCAGCGGGACGUCGACCGAGAACUCCUCAUGAGCGUAGCACGAACCUCCCUCUCGACCAAGAUUAACCCUACCCUCGCCGAGCAACUCACACCCAGUAUCGUUGACGCAGUGCUGGCCAUCUACCAAGCCCCCGAAAAGCCAGACUUACACAUGGUCGAAAUCAUGACCAUGCAACAUCGCUCUGCAGCCGACACACAACUCAUCAAGGGUCUUGCACUGGACCACGGCGCGCGGCAUCCUGACAUGGCGAAAGACGUCCGCAACGCCUACAUCCUCACCCUGAACGUCAGCCUGGAGUACGAAAAGAGCGAAAUCAACUCCGGCUUCUACUACAACUCCGCCUCCCAACGCGAGAAACUUGUCGAGUCCGAGAGACGCUUCGUGGACGACAAGCUGCGCAAGAUCGUAGAGCUGAAGAAGGAAGUCUGCGGCACAGACCCGAAGAAAGGAUUCGUCAUUGUGAACCAAAAAGGCAUCGACCCACUCUCCCUCGACGUCCUGGUGAAGAACGGCAUCUUCGCCCUCCGCCGCGCCAAGCGCAGAAACAUGGAACGCCUCCAACUGAUCUGCGGCGGCACGGCACAAAACAGCGUCGACGACUUGACUCCCGACGACCUGGGCUACGCAGGCCACGUAUACGAGCACCAGCUCGGCGAGGAGAAAUACACCUUCAUCGAAGAAGUCAAGGACCCGAAAUCUGUGACUCUCCUCAUCAAAGGCCCCAACUCACAUACCAUUACGCAGAUCAAGGAUGCCGUGCGCGACGGGCUGCGCAGCGUGUACAACAUGAUUGUCGAUGGCUCCGUGGUGCCUGGCGGCGGAGCUUUCCAAGUCGCCUGCGCCACGCGCCUGAACAGCGACGAGUUCCGGAAGACGGUGAAGGGGAAGGCGAAGUGGGGUGUUGAGGCUUUUGCCGAUGCACUACUCAUUAUUCCCAAGACGCUUGCCGCGAACUCUGGACACGAUAUCCAGGAUUGCUUAGCAGCACUCCAAGACGAACACGCCGACGGCCACAUCGCUGGCUUGAACCUCUCGCUCGGCGAGCCUAUGGAUCCGGUGCAGAGCGGCGUGUACGAUUCCUUCCGGGUGCUGAGGAAUUCCAUCGCGAGCUCGACGGGUAUUGCGUCGAAUCUUUUGCUAUGCGAUGAGAUGCUCAAGGCGCGGCAGAUGAGUAAGGGAGGGCCGCCCGGUGGGGGAGGGGAUGAGGGUGGGGAGUGA